UAAAAGUAGUCCCACCCAAAAACACAGUGAUUAAGGUAUCAAGAUGUUCCAGCACAACAACAAUGGAGGAGGACACCAAUACAACACAAACACAACAAAUCAACAACAAUCCCAAGCAGAAGAAGAGGAAGAAGACAACGAUGUAGAAGGAUUAGAAGCGUGGGAGAGAGCUUAUGCUGAUGAGAGAUCCUGGGAGUCAUUACAAGAAGAUGAAUCUGGUCUUCUUAGACCAAUCGAUAACAAGACCAUUCAGCACGCCCAGUAUCGGCGACGUCUCCGCACUUAUUCCUCUUCUGCCAGGAUUCAGAAGGGCCUCAUUCGAUUUCUCUACAUCGUUAUUGAUCUCUCCAGGGCAGCUGGGGAGAUGGAUUUUCGACCAAGCAGAAUGUUUGUAGUUGCAAAACAAGUUGAAGCUUUUAUCAGGGAGUUCUUUGACCAGAAUCCUUUGAGUCAAAUUGGUUUGAUAACUAUUAAAGAUGGGGUUGCUCAGUGUUUGACUGAUCUUGGGGGAAGUCCUGAAUCACAUAUUAACGCGUUGAUGGGUAAGUUGGGGUGUUCAGGUGAUGCCUCUCUUCAGAAUGCCUUAGAUCUUGUCCAUGAAUAUCUAAAUCAAAUUCCGUCGUAUGGUCACCGUGAAGCUCUUAUCUUGUACUCCGCUCUCAGUACUUGUGAUCCGGGUGAUAUAAUGGAUUCUAUUCAGAAAUGCAAGAAAGCUAAAAUUAGGUGUUCUAUUAUUGGUCUUUCCGCAGAGAUAUUUAUAUGCAAACACAUAUGCCAGGAAACGGGGGGAUCAUACUCAGUUGCACUGGAUGAGGCACACCUGAAAGAGUUGGUGUUAGAGCAUGCACCGCCCCCUCCAGCAAUAGCAGAAUUUGCAAUCUCUAACUUGAUUAAGAUGGGUUUUCCCCAAAGGGCAGGGGAAGGUGUUUUAUCAAUUUGUUCAUGUCAUAAAGAAGCAAAAUUUGGUGGGGGUUACACUUGUCCAAGAUGCAAGGCCCGUGUAUGUGAACUACCCACCGAAUGUCGAAUUUGUGGAUUGACCCUUGUUUCUUCCCCUCAUUUGGCGAGGUCAUACCAUCAUUUAUUCCCAAUAACACCAUUUGAUGACGUACCACCCUCACUUCUGAAGAACUCACAACUCCUGCCGAAAAGUUGUUUUGGUUGCCAGCAAAGUCUGUUGGGUCCUGCAAACUUGCCCGGUCCUUCUGUUGCCUGCCCAAAAUGCAAACAAUACUUUUGCCUUGAUUGUGACAUUUACAUUCAUGAGAGUCUGCACAAUUGUCCUGGUUGUGAGAGUUUUAAGCAAUCCAAAUUGGACAGGGGUACAGAAUAGACAAUCUUCUGAGAAAUUUAGUUUCAGAAUUUUCUGUGUUGCAAAGACACGGGCACUUUAAUGGUUACAAAAAGCUUCGGAAGCUUAUUGUAUCAGUUUCUGGAUGAGUUCAGAAGUACUUAACAAUAUUGAAUAGUUGAAGCAACCAAACAACAAAGUAGAAGUAAGAUACAGUGAUUUGGCCGUUCAACACCUGAAAGUGCAAGGUCCUUGUAAAAUAUUUUUGGGUGUGCAAUUUUGAUUAUAUAUAAUUUUGUGAUAGACUUGAUAUCCAA